GUCAUAAUACAGUUAUACAUGAACGCAAAACGGCAUCAUGAGGUGAAAAAAGAUGCCUGGUCAACAACGUCACACAAGGCCAAGGUCGACUUCCAGCGUCGGAGCCAAGGUGACCUCAUUUUUUCGGAGUCUGGUGACGACUCACAACGACCUGAACGGCGUCCAUGCAUAUACCGAACCCGGGAAUAGAGCCAUCGACCUCUACAGACAACUACACAGAGACAGUGGCAUCAGUGUGCCAGAGAGAGGUUCGUCCAAACACAAAGGUGAAAAUUGUCGGAAGAGGUCAAGAAAGAAGUGUGGGAAGCGAUGUGUCCAGAAGAAGAUUGACGUGGAAGGGUUCUCAGCAGAUGAGUCGAAGAUCCCCGGAAAUGACACACUGCCGACUAGGGAAUCUUUGCGUAUGAGUAAGAGAAGGGAUGUUGUGCUAUCAGAGGUCACAGCAGUGGACAAUGAUACCGUCCUAGAGUAUUCCGCCUGUGUCGAGCCCAAGAUCCUUCUUAAGUCCAAGGCAUCCGGUUCAUCGUCACCUGACAAUCGUGAGGACUAUGAAAUGGGGCUUAUACGUUCAUUGGUAGGACGUUCUUGUGUUCGGGAAACUGAUCGGAGCUCAAAGAGCCAUUGUUCAUCAGGAAAUGUAAAUCUGCUGAACAACGACUGUAUCAGAAACGAGAAAAAUAACAGGAAGCAAAACGUCCUGGUAUCAGUUCCUUUCUGCACGAGGACGAGUGGAAGCGAGAACGAGGUGGAGGCGGGUCCAUGUAGCUCGGGACGUGCGGGAACACAAGGGAAGGUCAGGGCCCAUACAUGCACCUCGAGGACCGUGGAAACGAAAACUUCAUUGGGGGACCUACUAAUAUCCCCUAGUAAGACAACAGAAAGGAUGACUACAGCCAGAAACACUGGACAGGAUGGCUGUGGAAGUCGUGGACAAACCGUGCCCAUCCUGACUCAUCCCACAGAUCCUCUGGAUGGACUGGAGGAGCUGCUGCAGGACCUGGAGGCCAUGGAAGAGCCGCGGAGGAAGUUCCAUGUAAGAGAGGACUCGGAAGAGAACUGCAAGAUGGGACUUCAACAAAGUCAAUACGGAAGGGCCCUCCAAAAUGGCGAUGCAGCUGUCGAUAAGACUCUAGAAAAGUUCACCGCAGCACAGGAUUCAGCGAGGAUCUCAACAUCGGUUGCUAGGGGAACAAGUGCUGGGCCAGUGAUGGACAGGGCGGCACGACGUGCAGCCCAGGAGGAGUUGUCGCGGGAGUUGGACUCUCUGCUGGCUUUGAUUGACAUUUAGAAAACCCAAGCCUUUGAAUGGAUAUGCUAUUGUGUACACUGUAUUUUACAUAAUUACAUUAUAAGUACU